AUGUCAACAGGGGCGGCGACACACAGUGCAGAGGACAAGAAGAGGGUGACAGAGGAGAGUAGAAGAUCUCCACGGCAAGGAAACAAUGCUAGGGCUUCGGGAAAGACAAAACAGUGGCCGGAGAUCGGCGCGCGGCUCAGCGAAGUGGCGGAGCAAGGUGGCGCUGGGUGGGUGUCGGCGCGCAGAGGAGAAGGGAAGGGGAAAAUCGACAAAUCUGUGACUUUGCCGAGAGAAAGGAAAAGAGGCGAAGGCAGAGGGGAGCUAGGGCUCGGUGAGGAAAGGGAAGGAGAUGAAAAGGAUCGACUCAGGGACGAGGAGUGGCUUUGUACUCGAGGGGAGAAAGGAACCGACGAGGAGCUGUUCGGCUCGGAGAUCGAGGAAUACAAUAUUCCAAAGUUACUGGAUCCUAGUGGAGUAACGAUAGACGUGGUUGCAAAUGAAAUUCAUGAGGAUGAUGAUAAGGAAUCUAAUUUUGAGACAGAUGAUGAGGAUGCGAAUGAGGAGGAGGAGGAUGAUGAUGUUGAAGAGUCUGAUGAUAAAGAUGAGAAUGAUAAUGAGGACUUUGAUUUUUGA